AUAACGUGGCUACCCUCUUACAGAUCGUAUAUAUACCCUGCUGUGUGCAGGAUCUUCACUUCUUCAACAUCAGACCCCAGCGAACGAUCAGCGAGAUAACUCCAUCAUGAGGGCAAUCAUCCUUCUCGGCCUCGUAGCUGCUGUCUUUGCUCAACUCGACCGCGACGCUCUUCGCCAGGCGUUUGACGCGCUGGACUCUGAUGACGAUGGAAGCUUGGAGCUGAGCGAACUUCAGGCCUACUACGACAACAUUGACACUAACAAGGACGGCUUCGUCAACCUACACGAGUACUCUGCCUCUCGUCCUGCCGGUGAGACCGCUGCGCAGACCAAAGCCUCCUUCGACUACAACGACAAGGUGGACGGUGUUGUUGAUAACAAGAUCGCCAGGUCGGCCAUCACGAUCGUAUUCAACCGACUGGAUGCUAACAAAAACGGCAAGGUGACGCUGGAGGAAUUCAGUGAACAAUAUGCUAAGAUUCUGGCUGAGAUCGCAGCGAUUGUUGGUUAAAGACAAGACGAUUUUGUGAUUAGUUGUGCAAUAAAAGGAGGACUAGUUAA